GAGGCUGGGGCUGGUGACCCAGGCUGGAGGGGAAGAUGGCGGCGGAGAGACAGUCUCCGCUAUUGGCGGGUGUACGGCCCGUCGACUUCGAGGUGCUGGAGGAUGGCAAGAACGUCUUUGCUAGUCCCGUGUCCACUUUGGAGUCAAGUCCUUCAUCUCCAGAGCCAGCAAGUCUUCCUGCAGAAGACCUCAGCACAAACUUUAAUGGUCCAAAGCCAGCAGAAGUCAUGCCAGAUGAUGAUAGAGAAGACCUUUUUGCUGCCUAUAAAUUGAGCUGAAUAGCUGCAUAGACCUCCAGCAUACAGUACAGGCUACUGAUGUGAGCAGCCAUAAAGGUGACCUGGUUAGAAGGGGAAAAUUACUGAACAGAAGAAGAUGUCUGCUGAAAAAUACUGACAGAGAAAAUGCCUGCCAGCCUGGGAACUAGGCCUAGGAACCAGAAGCAUGCUUGGAAAGUGCAGCUGGCACCUCUGAAGUGCAGCUGGGUACCUAGAAACCGGAGACAUCCUGAGAUACCAUUGAUAAGCACCAAAACCCCAAGGAACUGUAAUGGCAACUUGUCACGUCCCAAGGUUGGAGUGACUCAGGUUCGUGGAUUUCCUUUGUCAGAAUUAAGGUGAAACGACACCAGGGGAGUUCAAACAACAAUCAACAUUUAUUCAACCAAGCUAACCUUGC